AUGGUCGGCUCGUCCCGUAGCCAUGGAUGUUCACUGUGUGUAAAGCGCCGAGUGAAAGUGAGGUUGUCAGCGUCCGCCGGAAAGCCCGCCACUAAUACCCCACAGUGCGACGAAAGACUUCCUGGCUGUGCCAAAUGCGAAAGAUAUGGCCAAAUUUGCCCUGGAUACGACCGGGGCUUCAAGUUUGUAGCAGGAAGGCCUUACCGGAACCGGCGUCAAAAGACAUCCGGUGAUCGAAAUGGCACACCCCAGGUUGCGACGUCUAGCCCAGACUCAGAGCCCAACCCUGCCAGCCAGGCACUUGCCCGGGGAGACGAACCGCGAGAGAUUAUCUCCGAGGCCUCAAAUGUCGUGCAGUACCUAUGUGUGCUCAUAGAUGAUUUCUCUCAGCCCUAUACACCCAGCCUGACACAUGUGGUGACCCGAUGGUUGGGGUUCCUCCCCUCUAUCUAUGGCCAGAAUCGGGUUUUGGAUGCGACCAUCAAGUCUUUCACGGCGCAUCAUUUUGGGCGUGUGAGGGGCAACAUGCAGAUGGUUUCAUAUGCUCGAUCAGCGUACGGAGAAGCUCUGCGUGGACUGAGAAGGUCAUUGGAGACACCGGCUGAAAGCUUAUCCACUCACGUUUUCUGUGCGGUUGUGAUGCUUUGCAUGUAUGAACUUUUUACGGAUACCGAGAACCCAGAUUCAUGGAUGAAACACGCCAAAGGUCUGAGUCAAUUGGUCCAAAUCCGAGGACCAGGCAGGUAUAACAAUGCACUUGACAUGACGUUGCUGAAAGCCUCAAGGGGUCUUAUUGUAAUGCAUUCAAUGUUCUCCGGAGAUAAAUUUUUUCUAGCCUCUGAUGAAUGGCACGCGGUCAUGCAACAGCAAUUCACGACAGAUGUAUCAGCAGAAUUGCACCACAGCAUCGAAACCUUCUUUGCGUACCUCACUUACACACCAAGCCUUGUGCACAAACUCUACGAGUUGAGACACGCCAAUCUAACCAGCGCCGAAGCUGCACGCACAAUUUCCGAUAUGCUAUCCAAAACUCUUGAGAUGCAGACAAAACUGGCCGUAUGGUACGAGAACUACUCUCGAAUCGCAUCACCGCCGGUUGAGACAUUGUCCUCAACAGGGGAUGAGAUGUUUCCCACCGUUCUUGUAUACACCGAUGUCAGCCAUGCAACCAUAUACUGCGGGUACUACUCCUACAUGGUGAUCAUUCACGAGAUACUGAAGAAUUGCGGAUGCUCAGGUGAUCAUGAGAUGAUGGUUAUCUUCUUCAGAGAUCAGAUUUGCAGAUCGGUUGAGUAUAACAGUGUGGGAGUCAUGGGUCCAUACAGAAUGGGAUUCGCGCUUCGCGUUGCGUUCGAAGUUGCUGACCCGGUCACAAGAUCUUGGAUUACGAGGUGUCUUGAACAAUUUUCCAAGAUCUAUGCUGCUUCUCAACCGGAGAAUUAUGAGUCUGUUUUAUGA